ACGUCCUACCCAGUCUGAUCCUUCAGAAUCCCGGCUCCUGGUCAGUAGCUGUAAGUACGCUCUCCUCCACCCCACCAUGGCUAGGGGCUCGGAGUUAGCACCUCUGCUACUACUGCUGCUGCUGGCGGUGGUGACCCGCUUUUGCAUGGCACAGACCGACUGUAAGUGUCCCACCAACAAGAUGACCAUCUGCAGCUCUGAGAGCCCAGGUGGCGUCUGCCAAUGCCGGGCAAUUGGCUCACAGGUGUUGGUCAACUGUUCCACGCUGACUUCCAAGUGCCUGCUGCUCAAGGCGCGCAUGAGCGCCCAGAAGAGCGGCCGCACCCUGGUGAAGCCUAGCGAGCAUGCGAUUGUAGACAACGAUGGCCUCUACGACCCAGAGUGUGACGCCAAAGGUCACUUCAAGGCACGCCAGUGCAACCAGACCUCGGUGUGCUGGUGUGUAAACUCAGUGGGUGUGCGCCGCACGGACAAGGGCGACCUGAGCCUGCGCUGCGACGAACUGGUGCGCACCCACCACAUCCUCAUUGAAUUAAGCCACCGACCGACCGACCAAGCCUUCAACCACUCUGACUUAGACUCUGAGCUGCGGCGGCUCUUCAAGGAGCGCUACCAGCUGCGCCCCAACUUUCUGUCGGCAGUGCACUACGAGAAGCCCACCAUCCAGAUAGAGCUGCGGCAGAACGCGUCGCAGAAGAGCCUGGGAGACGUGGACAUCGCUGACGCCGCCUACUACUUCGAGAGGGACAUCAAAGGCGAGUCGCUUUUCACUGGUCUCCGCGGCCUGGAUGUGCAGGUGCGUGGGGAGCCCCUGCACGUGGAGCGGACUCUCAUCUACUACUUGGACGAGAAGCCCCCCCAGUUCUCCAUGAAGCGCCUCACCGCUGGUCUCAUCGCUGUCAUUGUUGUGGUUGUGGUGGCGCUAGUGGCUGGCGUGGUCGUCUUGGUGAUCACCAACCGGAGAAAGUCAGGAAAGUACAGAAAGGUGGAGCUAAAGGAGCUGGGGGAGAUGAGAAGCGAACCUAGCUUGUAGAUGCCCAGCAGGUACUGGACUUCCGCAUCACCCCAGACAGAAUGGACUGGCCUGUUUGUUGAUUCUUGGCCAGGAGGUAAUUUUCCUCCCAUUUCUGACCUCUUCCUUCUCUAUUCACAAACAAAUUCGCUAGAUGCUGAGUUCAGGUCACCUCCUCGACUUUGGUCUUGAAGGAAGCAUUUCUUUAAUUCCUUGUUCGGUCAAUAGAAACCUGACCAGGAAUUUAAGCGAAGGUGGGAUAGGUGGCUUAGUUAAGAAGCAAGUGCCAGGCAGCCCGGAAUUGUUUCCCAGAGACUUGAAUCCACCUAAAGACUUAAAACAGUUGAAAUGGGAAAGCAGAGCUUUUAUUGUUGUGGGUUGGUAUCCGUCUGCUCCUUGUCUUCCCAGAAAGAAGAGAAGUUCACUAAUUGAGCCUGCGCAGUGUUCUUCAUCCGCCGUCGUUUGUACGGGAGGAAAAGGCGUUUCCAAUAUUUGAAUACAUUUUAGAUAUCUCUGUUGGACUGUGUCUAUUCUUCUGCCUGCUCUUGAUGGAGCUGAUACUAGUAAUCUUCUCUUUUGUAAAAUGUUUGUACAGAUGCGUCUUUGAUAAUGCUGCUGUUUUUUAAGCAACAACUCAAGUUUAAUAAAAUACGGGAAAGGCAUA